AUUACUAACUGAGACAGUGAGGCAAUCACAAGAGGCCUGGGGCGGUCUAAAAGAUUGGACAGAAGUUGAGGGAGCAUGGGUUCUCAAACCAAAAAACUCUGAACCGAAGUCUGUUGUACAUUUUGUUGGGGGUAUAUUUGUUGGAGCUGCACCUCAGCUUGCAUAUCGCUUGUUUUUGGAGCGCCUUUCAGAGAAGGGUAUUUUCAUAAUUGCAACACCCUACGCCAGCGGAUUUGACUAUUUCUCAAUUGCAGAUGAAGUGCAGUUUAAAUUUGAUAGGUGUCAUCGGGGGUUUCUCGAAUCAGUACGAGAUCUUCCCAUUUUUGGUAUUGGGCAUUCUCUGGGAUCUGUCAUCCACCUUUUGAUUGGAUCAAGAUAUGCUGUUGAAAGAAGUGGAAAUGUACUAAUGGCAUUCAAUAAUAAGGAAGCAAGCUCCGCUAUUCCUUUAUUCUCCCCAGUUCUUGUUCCAAUGGCCCAGAGCAUGGGGCCUCUCUUAUCACAAAUUGCAUCAUCGCCAACUUUUCGUCUAGGGGCAGAGAUGACAAUGAAGCAAUUAGAGAAUCUUAGCCCUCCAAUUAUGAAGCAAGUCCUUCCUUUAGUUGAGCAGCUCCCUCCCUUGUACAUGGACUUGGUGAGGGGGAGAGAAGAUUUCAUUCCAAAGCCAGAAGAAACUCGACGCCUUAUAAAGUCAUACUACGGCAUCUCCCGGAAUCUUCUUGUAAAGUUCAAGGAUGAUACAAUCGACGAAACUCCAAUCCUAGCUCAGUUGCUCAGCUCAGAGUCUGCAAUUAGUUCAAUGCUAGACAUGUCAACUCGCUCAUUGCCUGGCGAUCAUGGGUUACCAUUGCAGCAGGCCCUCCCCGACGUACCGCCAGCAGUGGCAAAUGCCGUGAACCGAGGAAGUGAGCUUUUCACCAAUCUAACCGCAGGGACGCCAUGGGAGAUGGUGGCGAAAGAGGUUGGAAACACAUUAGGUGUAGACUCAAAAAUCCUCAGGGCCGAAGUAUCCAAGGAUCUAGACCUGCUCGUGGAAGUGGUAACAUCUUGGAUGGCCUCAAACAUGGGUCCGAAACUUCUGAGGCCAUAAAUUGAGUUGCAACUUGCUUGUUGUCUAUGGUUUGCGAUGAUUCUGAACUGUCCUACCCUUCAGUUAUGGUCUUAUGUGAACAAAGUGUUGUCCACAACGCGCGGUACACGUGCAACAGCAUCGUCCAAUCGUAGGUUCAUUGACUGAUUGGACUUCAUUGCAUAAGGUUCUGUUUCAAGCAGACUUGUAAUUGCUGUAAUUAUAAAUACUUCCAUACUUAUAAUUUAUUGAAAUAUUAUCAGGAAUGUUGUAUAUUAAUAAGGAUUUUCUUAUCAAUCUUUAUAUUUGUAAACUUAAUGGUUAGCCCUUAAGUAAUUACUUAAUUAGCAGACAUGGUUAGGGGUUCUAUGAGCAAAGAUGAUGAGAUUUGUAAGGCUUCAAAGGCCCAAUUAUGUAGUUUUUGGUUACUAUGGUUUGUCCCAGCUGAGAUAGAUCUAGAUCGAACUUGUAACGUCUGGUUUAAGUGGGUUUUUAAUAAUAGGGCGUCGAGGAUCUUGGCCUUUUUAA